CUACAUCCCAAACUCACCUCAGUUAAUGACUAUGUGGGCUUCUCUAAACCAGAGACUUUUCAUUUUCCUCCUCGUGCUGCUACCAUUUAGCAGAAGAAGAAUGAGGAAGAGGGGACAGAAUUUGGGUUUUUGAAAUGGAUUUCAUGCGCUUUACCAAUCCUCUGGAGACCUGGGUGAUUGAGGGCCCCCAGGAGAGAGUAGCUAUGGAGGGCCAGUGGGAAGGAGGUGAAUCUGGAGAUUCCCUCAUGCUUUCAGGGGCCACUUUCAUGUCUAAAUCUAACGUGGGGACACUGAUGCGGUCUGAUACAGAGGACUCUGGGGUGGAGAUCUGUUCUGAGGCUUCUCUCCCCUCCUCUCCUCCCUCUGUGUCCACGAGUAAUACAGAUAUUGAUCCUACAGUUAGUGACGAGGAUGGAUUCCCCUCUACCUCUUCUCCAUGCUCUCCUGUUCUCUCUCUGCCAUCUUCCUGCUCCUCUUCCUCCCUGUCCCUCUGCCCCAGGGCUCAGCGGCACAGGGAGCUGGCUGCGGUCAUGCACCUAAAAUUGGAGCAGGCACUGAGGAGGGCAGACUCUGGAGACAGAGACGCUGUGCCCCGACAGCGGUGUCACACGGCUUCACUACCAUCACCUCACACAGUGACCCAUAUACAGAGGGCAAGUCACAGGUCAGGGAGUGUUGGUCUGAGGAGGACAGUCAGCCAGUCAGUAGUGGAAGAACAGGCCUCAACGGCUCUGCUGCAGCACAGAGGAGGGCUCUGCCCACAUCACAAGACACUGCCUGCUCAGACAGACACAGAGAUCAGGGAGAAGGAUGUGUGUGAGGAGGAGUAUGAGGGGCUCACCCCUGGGCUGGGCUACCUGGAGCAGGUAUGCCGAAUGCUGGAGGAGAUCGCCAGGCUACAGCUACGUAACCAAGGGUUACAGGUGGAGAUGGAUGCUCUCCGGGAGCAGCAGGGGAGCCAGAAUUCAGAACGCAACCAGUGUGACUUCAAGGCUUCUGACGAAGGCGGCCCCUCUGCCAAUGAAAGACUUGAAGUCAAAGAUUAUGAGGACUUACCCUGCCAAUCAUCUCAUAGCAAUAGUAAUGUGCAUCAGCAUUUUCGACAUAGGUCAACAUCGGACACAGUACUCAUGAUGGGACAUCUAAAGAAGGGGAAGGAAGUGUCUGGAAGGAGGUCCCGGACAAUAGAGGAUCUGCUUGAGCAUCCCGAGGAUGAUGAACAGCAGGAGAAAGAAGAAUCAGGAAAGAAAGAACAGGGAAGUAGGUCAAAGACCUGGAAGCUGAAGAUUGGCUCUCUGAGGAGGGAGACCACAGAGAAAACCAGCCAACAGAUGAAUUCAUCCGUGAAGAAAGCUAGCGGGCGUUGGUUGGGACAGCUGUUCAGGAGCAGGAAAGCUGUGCCAGAAUGAGAAGAGCAGAAUGUUCCAACAUUACAGUCAUUGGUAACAUUCCUCCUCUAAGACUUGGAGAAUGAGGACAUAUACUGUAGCACUUUUUACACAAAGCUGUGGAUGAAUAGGACAUUUUAAAACGUUUUCUCCUCUCAAGGGUUUUUACAUGACAUCUGUUUAAGCAGUAAGGCCCGAGGGGGUGUGGUAUAUGGUCAAUAUACCAUGGCUCAGGGCUGUUCUUAUGUAUGACGCUACGUUGAGUGCCUGGAUACAGGCCUUAGCCAUGGUAUAUUAGCCAUAUAUUACAAACCCCCGAAGGUGCCUUAUUUCUAUUAUAAACUGGUUACCAAUGUAAUUAUAGCAGUAAAAAUAAAUGUUUUGUCAUACCCGUGGUAUACGGUCUGAUAUGCCACGGCUUUCAGCCAAUCAGCAUUCAGCACUCGAACCACCCAGUUUAUAAUCUGAUUUAGCCACUCUCUCUUGUAUUCAGGAUCCUGAGAUGGCUCUAGAAAAUGUUGUUGGUUUUCUUAUGAGCUAUCUGAGCUUAUUAAGAUGUCAAAUCAGACCUGGGCCAAAGCAAGGAAAACUGAAAGGUGGCAAUCUUUCAGACAACUGUCAAUUUGACAAUCUUUCUCGAAAACUAUCUCGAUUACGAAAGCUAUACUGAGCAAAAAUAUAAACGCAACAUGUAAAGUCUUGUUCCCAUUUUUCAUGAGCUGAAAUAAAAGAUCCCCCAAAUCUUCCAUAGCACAAAAAGCUUAUUUCUCAAAAAUGUUGUAAAUGUUAAUUUCUCUAUCAUAUAAGCCACCUCUAACAUUGUUAUAGAGAAUUUGGCAGUACAUCCAACUGGCCUCACAACCGCAGACCACGUGUAACCACGCCAGCCCAGGACCUCCACAUCUGUCUUUUGCACCUGCAGGAUCGUCUGAGGAGGGGGAGGGGGGUGCUGAGGAGUAUUUAUGUCUGUAAUAAAGACCUUUUGUGGGGACCUGGCUUCCAAGUGGGUGGGCCUAUGCCCUCCUAGGCCCACCUAUGGCUGUGCCCCUGCCCAGUUGUGAAAUCCAUAGGUUCAGGCCUAUUGAAUUUAUUUCAAUUCCUUCUAUGAACUGUAACUCAGUAAAAUCUUUUAAAUUGUUGCAUGUUGCAUUUAUAUUUUUGUUCAGUAUAAAUCAAGCUAUUUUUUUAUGCUCUAUCUCAGAAUUUUGAAAAACAGCAAAUGCACUGAAGCAUACAAAUUCACCUUCUUCCCUGCCUAAUCAAGUCCUGUCUGACUCUGGCAUUAUAACUGAGAAGAAUGGGAUAAGUGAUGCUUUUAAUCGUCAUUCGGCAGGCUUUUUACUUGAGAGAAAUGGUGGUUUAAUUGACCCUGGUCAGUCAAUAGACUGCUCUUUACUCUGCCAGCCUCUCGCUGACUCAACAUUUAACCCGUCAACUUGUAGUUCAUCUUUGUUUUCAUUUAAACAAUUUACUACUUGUGAUGUGCUAGAUGCCUUGCUUAUGAUUGAUGUAAAUAAAAAAUACACUGUGA